AGGCACCUGGUCGCUGGGUAGAACAGCACAGGCAGGGUUGACCGCCAGCGGACCACCGGGCACCGGGAACCGGGAACCCCUGACCGGGCACACGGGAAUGAGGGUUCCCACCCGUUGUGGGGCAUCGCGAAGCGCGCCCCUUGCUGGGGCGGGCCUCGCCUACAUCCCACGCGUCGAAAAGGAGCGGGACGACCAGUCAGUGGCCCAGUUCCACCUGAAGCGGCUUGGAAUCCCCACGUAUGACACCUUCUUCGAGGAGUUUGAGGACGCUGUGGGCGAAGUGGUGGAGCUUAACAAUGUGCUGAACGAUGCGCUGUUGGAACUACACGUCGCCUGCACUGCGGCGGCCGCGCCCGACCCAAACCAUUCACUGCUGCUGGAGGUGUGGACCGACGGCGUGCGCAGCACCCCCCAGCUGCUGGUGGAUGUAGCUUAUGCGGACGGCAGCGGCAGGCCCUCGCCAUGGGAGGUUCGGCACCUGCUGGUGAGCCGGCCGGCGGUGGCGGAGGCGGACCGGGAGCUUUCGGAGGCGCUGCAGGACCUCGUUUCGCUGGUCCGAACACAUGCCGCCGCGGGGCUGCUGGUUCGGCUCACCUGCCAGAACGCUGACCGGCGGCUGCCGCGACUGGCGGCUGCGGCGCCGCCGGGGGCGGGUCACGCACAACACCUGCAGGUGCAGCGCAUCCAAAAGCAGGCGGCUCGAGUAAACCACGCCCUGGCGGUGCUGCGCAAGGUGGCGCCGGGGCUGCGUGUGCGCGUGGACGUGGUGCCGUCGCCCGCACCAGGCGCCCGCACCUUUGCAUGGCGGCUGGUGACGCGGGAGCAGGAGAGGCCGCAGGACGGCGUGCCUUUAUUGACGGGCCGGCGAGCCACCGCCACGCCGCUACAGGUGGCGGCCGCGCACGGCGCCGCCGCCAUCAGCGACGCCGCCGCGACCGUAGCGCAGCAGGCGGCGGCGCUCGCCGCCGCCGCGGCGGCUGUGCCCACCAUUGAGCUGCAGACGCGCGCGCAGCGGCGCAUUGUGGCGGUGACGCCGCGCAGCGACGCAGCCGCCGCCGCGGCUGCGGCCGACGCCGCGCUGCCUCCGACGCCGCACAGUCCCGCCGCCGGCAACUUCGCGGCGCUUGCUAGCGGCUUCGUCUCAGUGGCUCGUUCCGUGGGCAGCAUCACGUAUGCCGCAGCACACGCAGUGAUUCCGGCAGCAAUGAGCCACCGGUUUAACGACGCCAGUCCUCUGGCGCGCAGCAGUAUCGGCGGCGCGCCGCCAUCGCCAGCGAGCGGAGCCGGCGCCGGUGCCAGCUUCUUUGCCGCCGGCACCAGCGGGCGACGUCCGAGCAGCAGCGGCGGAGCUGUCCCCGUUGCGAGUCCGGUUGGGGGUCCCGCUGCAGGAGGCUCGCCGAGUGUGCACGGCGUCAGCGCUGCGGUCCAGUCGGAGGAGGCCGCAGCGGCGCUGCGGCGGGCCGUGGGGGGCGCUAACCACGCCCUUUUCCGCUUAGCCAAGUGCGCCGCAGCCGGCGGUGGCGGCACCGGCGGCGUCAGUUGCGUUGGCAGCGGCGGUGUGGAGUCCACCGCCGCCGCCGCUACGGCGGCCACGACGCCCAGACGCGUCGAGCCGCUCACCGCCGCUGCCGUGCGGGGGGUCAAGCUGGUGCUGGAGGCGACGGUCCGUACUUCCAGGCAGGCUGCCAGUGACGCCACGGGUGGCAGCGAAGCCGCCGCUGUCGCCGCCGCGGCCGCAGCCGCGGCGAAGGCGCCGCCAAGCCGUGCCUCGUCCAGUCGCAGCUUCAGCUCAGCCUUCGGCAGCAAGAAGGUUAGGGACGCGCCGCCGGCGACGACGCUGCGGCCGGCGCCGCUGCUGCUAUCGCCGGCCGCGGCGGCCAUGCCAGUGUGUGAGCUGGUUGACGUGGAUGCGCGCGUUGUGGUGAUGUCGGAAUCGGGCAGCGCAGCAGGGUGGCCGGGGGCGAUCAGCGGCGGCGGCGGCGGUUUCGGGAGGACGUGGAAUGGCAUGGGCGGCAGCCUCAGCGGAGUGCCAGGGAGCGUCGUCGGUUGCGGCACUGGAGCAGGAGGCGGAGUGGAGGCUCUGGGGUCGGGUCGCGAUUGGAGCUGGGACUGGGGCAUUACGCCGCGAGUGGAGGGCGUGGCCUUCCCGGACUGCUUGCCACCUCACCAUCGAGCGGUAUAUGACGCGCUGGAGGCGGCGGUGGCGGCCGGCCGGGCGGCGUGGUCUGGUCUGCCGGCGCUGUCGUCCGAUGUGUCUGGUCUGGUCUCUGAGGCGGAGAUGCUUUUCUCCGAAAACGAUCACCUGGUCAAGAAGGCGGCGGGCGACAUGAUGGCAGCGGGCAGGGUGCGCGCGGCGCUGGACCGCAACGCGAACACCAUCAUCGCCUGCCCCGCCCUGCUGGGCCAGCUGCAGGCGGCGGUGAUACGGCUGGUGGCGGCUCUGCAUCGCGGCAGCCACAGCAUGCGUCUCAUGGCUGAUGGCCUGGAGCCUCUGGAUCCAGACGCGGCGGCAACGUCGGCGUCGGGUGUGGAUGUGGCGCCGCUGACGCCGCUGGAGCGCGGCUCUGCGUUCACGGGGCCGGGAUCGCCAUUGGUGGGCGCGGCAAGGAACGGGGCGGGCUCGCCGCUAGGAAUGGGAGGAGCAGGGGGGCUGAAGAAGUCGAUGGGUGGAGGCAAGGGCAGCGGUGCCGCGGCGGCGGCGGUGGUUGGGAAGGGCCGCUUCGCGGCCGCGGGGAUCGGGAGCACGGCCUCUGGGAGCCCCAGGAGUGGAGCGUGGAGCGCGGCGGGAGAGGAGCUGCAAGCGGCGGCAACCGCGGCGGCAACGGCCAAUGCAGCCACAGUGGCGGCGCGCACGGCCGCGGCCAUCGCUGCCGCUGUUGCUGAUGGGGAAGCGGACGCGGUGGCGGCGGCAGCGGGGCUGCCGCUGAACGGUGUCGUCGCCACGCGCUCCGUGUCUGCCUCCACCAAUGGCAUCUCCAUAGACGAUGGCUCGCAAGCGGAGGCGUCAUCGGCACCAGUGGGUGCCGCAUCGACAGUGGGCGUUUUGCCGGCCCUGAGCCCCGCCCGCAAGCGCUCCGGCGCCGCGAGCGUGACCGUGGUGCUGCCGGGCGGUGGCAGCGGCGGGCCGGGGCACAGCCGCCCCAGCAAAAGCCUGUUGGCGGGGCGGGGGCUGCCACCAGCGCUGAGCCCGCUGGGGCCGCUUGGCGGAGCUGCAGGCACGAGGGAUGGGAGUACUAACAAGAAUGGGGCGUCGCCGCUGGGUAGCGGGCUAAGCCGGAAAAAGCUGCCGCCAUUGCCGCCUGGGCGCGUCGUGUCCGGUGAUGGGGGGGAUGAAGAGAGCCCAAGGAUUGCGGCGGCGAGCGGUGGAACGGGAGAUGAGGAUGCGACCGGUGGCGUUGGUGUGGCUGACAAGCGGGUCAGCGACAGCGUUGCGGCGAGCAGCAGGCGUGGCAGCGGGAGCGGCGCGGCUGCGCCCGUGCCUGCCGCUGCGGGCAUCUCGGACAGCGGCGGUGUUCUGGGCAGGUGACGACAUUUAUGUGACUUUACAAACAAAGUGGCAGCAGGCACUUGGUCGCUGCACUGUGGGCACGGCUCGCAGUUUACUCCUUCAUAUUGCUCGUUACGGUACUUGCUGCUCGGAUGGUGGUAAUGGUGGUGCGUUGCAACUGCUGGCCUCAGUGGUCUGCUGAGGCCUAAUCACACUGGAUUGGUGUGUUAGGCACUGAAGCUCAGGGGAUUGCUUGGACCAGCUUGGACAAGCCGCAUGGGCCUGUAGCUGUCGUGUGUCACCGCGCCUAAUGCAUGGAUGGCCCUGGGCCAGUCUGCUGCAAACACAGGAAUGGAGUACGGUGACCGAUCCCCUUGCGCGGCGGCCCCAUGUCAUUCUAUCUGCUUAUGAUGGUGUUACCGUGAAUAAUAAUGUUGAUGUUACAACGUAUCACAGCUUGGCGGCUGUUGCCGCGUGACUACUCGGGCCUGGGCCAGUAU